CACAAAUUUGCAGCACUGAUGGGCACCGAUGAGGUGGCAUGGAUAGGCAGCACUGAUGAGGUGGCACUAGUGGGCAUUGUCCUACUCAGGGGCGGACUGACAACUCAUGGGGCCCCCCCGGGCAGUAGGGGAUCAUGGGGCCCCUGUGUCCUUGCCCAAACUCAGAAAAGCCUAUGAAAAAGGUACCAGGGGCAACUCAUGGGGCCCCCUACUGGCCCCCGGUCCUCGGGCAGCGCCCGAUUUUCCAAAUGGUCAGUCCACCCCUGCUCCUA